CAGACUGUAUUUCACAUAAGAAAAGGCAUUAAAUGCUAAAGAUCUGUUGAAAUGAAAGUGUAGUACAGAAGUGAAAAGUGCAUUUAAGACAAUCGGAAGAAAAUCCUUGAAAAGGGGGACACCCGGGAGGACAGAUUUCGCGGGGGACAAAUCUUUAUAUGUGGAAUUGUCCCCCUUAUGGGGGGACAUCUGGCAACCCUGGAGCUCAGAAACAUCUCAUUUUGUCCAGAAAUCUUUGCUCUAUUCGAUUAAACUAAUGGUAAAAAGUUCAAUCAUACAGUAAAUAUAGAAGGGAUAAAUUUAUUAUUGGUCCAUCCCGUACAACAAUUUGUUUAUAAAAUCUUUUUUUUUUCUAGAUAAAAUUGUACCAUUACCAUCCGUUGUUUGUGUUGAUCAAUCAACUAAUCUAAUUAAUGAUUUUUAUAAUCAAAAUAAAUUUAAAAAAGUUGAAGAACGUUUAAAAUAUACGUUUAAAAAUAAAGCAUAUCUUGUUGCAGCAUUAACUCAUCCAUCAAAUUUUGCCAAUAAAUUAACUGUUUGUUAUGAACGAUUAGAAUUUUUAGGUGAUGCUGUUCUUGAUUAUUUAGUAACACGAGAAAUAUUCAUAAAAAAUGAAAAUAUUACGCCAAGUCUUGUUACGAAUAUUCGUGAAGAUCUAGCUAAUAAUGGACGUUUAGCGUAUAUAUUUGUUGCUCUUGAUCUUCAGUCAUCUAUUUUACAUCAUUCACCUUCAUUAUUUGCAGAAAUAUCAUCGUAUGUUUCACAAUUUGAACAAAAUGAAUCAUUGGAUAAACGUCUAAAUAAUAAUAUUUCAUCGUAUGCUGAUAGUACAGCUCCAAAAGCCUUAGCUGAUGUUUUCGAAGCGAUUGUUGGUGCCAUAUUUUUUGAUUCGGGGAAUUCUUUACAAACCGUAUGGAAUGUAUUUGAACCAUUUUUCAGAAAUUACAUUGAGCGAUCUAUGAAUAGUCCAAAUUUGAAUCCAAUACAAUAUAUUAACCAACAUGGAGGAAAAGUGAUCAGUGAAUAUCACGAUGAACAAAAGGGUUCUGUGUGUAUUGUUGAAGUUCUUAAUGGUAAAAGAUAUGAAGGUACUGGAAAAAGUAAAAGACUAGCAAAAUCGGAUGCGUGUCGAAAAGCAGUAAUAGAAAUGACAAAUGAAUAA